UCUUCCAGCUAUCAAGACGACCGACUAUCUAGCUGUCUCAUCCAUCAUCCAUACUGCUAUGCGGUCGAACCUUCUUUCAUCAUUCUGCGCCGCCGCGCUCCUGGCGUCGACUGCUUUUGCACAGCUGAGGACGCUGCCUUACAACUUCACGCUUGCUGCGCUGAAUACGACCCUCCCGAACGUCAACGACACCGGCGUUCCCCUUGUUCUUGGUCUUGAAUUUGUCUUCGAUUAUUCGGCGAUCUAUUUCACGUCGACGUAUGCGUCAGCACAUAACAACACGUUUCCUAGCCUUGGGCUACUUGACGGCGCAUUGCACGCCUACGGCAGGAACGACUCGUGGGACACCAACGCGGUACGAUGCGAUUCAGGGGAUAGUAUAGGGUGGUUCUCGACAGAGAACGGUCCUCCUGGAGCGGAUGUGUUCUCCGUUAUUCCUGCUGCACAGGACCGCCAGUAUCCGACAUUCGCCGUGCAUGAAGAGAAUUCCCUGUGGUCUCUUUGCUCGACUGGGAAUGAUUGGGGGUUGAAUGAGGUAUACUACAACAUUUCCCCGACGAACAUAUGGGAAGGCAAUCGUGUCGUAGUCGAGGACUGUUACAAGGUCACCUUGCAGGUCCUGCCCCUGGAGUAAGCUCCGUGGGGAUGGGGUCCUGAUGAUAUAGUAGAAGAGGUCGUCGACAAAGAGGACGUAUGGAAUGUUGCUGAGGAUACGGUGUAGCUGCGAUCCGUCGCUGAACCCUUAGGCUUAAAUAUAUCGGAAUCUUUCAC